AUGAAGACACAUCUCCGAAGAGCUGCUGUAACGGGAGGUUUUCUGUUUUUCAUCUAUAUCAUCAUCUACAUGAAUCUGAGUGUAAAACCAGAGAAAGCAGCUAAAGACAGAAUCAGUGAGGAAGCAGUUCUGAGGAAACUGGAUAGGAUUGAAGAGAGCCUCAACAAGCUGGAAACGUUGAUAGCAGUUUCUCCCAAUGAAUGCGUUGCCAAUGUGGAGCCAUCAGAAGCCCCAAAACAACAGAAGGUCACAGUGCCAAAGCUGUAUCCACAGUCGGUGCUGUUUACGCAGUGGGGAGACGACCUGUCAGAAGAUGAACAAAAGGAGGCAGAAGCUUUGUUUCGAGAGUACGGUUAUAACGUCUUUCUGAGUAACCGGCUGCCGUUAGACAGGAAGCUUUCUGAUACAAGAGAAACCAGAUGUCUGCAUACAGAUUACCCAAAGGACCUGCCAAGCAUCAGUGUGGUGCUCAUCUACCUAAACGAGGCUCUUUCCAUCAUAAAACGAGCAAUACGGAGCAUCAUAGAUCACACUCCAAAGCACCUUCUGAGGGAGAUCAUACUGGGUGGACGACCACAGCACAACGAUGACCUAGGACAACCAUUACAAGCCUACAUUGAUCAAAUUCACAAAGAGAUGCCUGGAAUCAUAAAGAAAGUCAAACACAAGCAGCAAAUGGGUUUGUCUCAGUCACGGAACUCAGGGUGGGAACACGCUACUGCUGAUGUUGUGGCCAUUUUGGAUGCCCAUAUUGAAGCCAAAGUGGGAUGGGCGGAACCCUUGCUGGCCAGGAUCAAAGCUGACAGAACAGUUGUGGUUUCUCCUGUGUUUGAUAAAGUUCAUUUUGAUGACCUGCACGUUGAAAAGUACGUGGCAGCUGCUCACGGCUUUGACUGGCCUUUGUGGUGCAUGUACGAGUCCAACGAACCCGGGUGGCUGCACAAGAAGGACGAGUCGCAACCUGGAAAGAGUCCUUCAGUCAUGGGGAUCUUUGCAGCAGACAGACUCUUUAUUGGAGAAAUCGGUGGACUUGAUGGUGGAAUGAAAAUUUAUGGAGGAGAAAAUGUUGAACUUGGAAUUCGUGUGUGGCUGUGCGGUGGCAGCGUGGAGGUCGUGCCGUGCUCCAGAAUAGCUCACAUUGAGAGGGCCCACAAACCAUAUGCACCUGAUCUUAGACACGUCAUGAAGAGAAAUGCCUUGAGGGUUGCAGAUGUCUGGUUUGAUGAGUAUAAGAGAAAUGUGAUGAUUGCCUGGAAUCUUCCUCUUCAGAAUCAUGGGAUUGAUAUCGGUGACGUGUCGGAGAGGAAAAAGCUACGAGAAAGGCUGAAAUGUAAGCCUUUCAAAUGGUACAUGGAGAACGUGUAUACGAGUCUGGAAACGUGGGAUAACCUCUUAGGAUAUGGUACGCUGCGGAGCGGCAUUUUUAGUUUUUACUGCGUGGAUGAGGGCCCUGUUCCCGGAAACAUUCUCAUUCUGUUUCAUUGCCACGGUUAUGGAUCACAGCACUGCUACUACAACACAGAUGGCCAGAUCAUCAUCGGAGAAAUUAAAUCUCACAAAUAUAACAGUAACCGCUGCCUCGUUGAUCCCGGCACCGGCAGCAUUCCGACUCUGCACAGCUGUCAGCUGGCAAAGCAAAACCGGUUACAUGUGGAAUGGGACUUCAAACAGGGUCAGCAGAUAAGAAACAGAGUGACGAAGGAUGUCCUUGAAAUUUCACAGGGGAAGUACGCAUAUUACGAGCUCAUCAUCCAGCGGUGCACCGGGCAGCAGUGGACGAUUCAGCACAUCAUCACCAGUUUUUAGUUCGCACAAAAUGCGUAAAUAAACUCUAAAAAUCAGAUCAUGUCAACGUUAAACUUUGUAACAUUUCAUAAAAUUUACAUUUACUUUAAUGGA